GGCUCAGCCACGUGACCAACCGGGUCACAUGGCCCUCGGGACAACAUGGCUGCGCCCGCACUAGGGCUGGUUUGUGGACGGUGCCCUGAGCUGGGUCUCGUCCUCUUGCUGCUGCUGCUCUCGCUGAUGUGUGGAGCGGCAGGGAGCGAGGAGGCCGGGAGCGGUGCGGGCGCGGGGUCCCUUGCGGGUUCUUGCGGCUGCGGCACGCCCCAGCGGCCUGGCGCCCAUGGCAGUUCGGCAGCCGCUCACCGAUACUCGCGGGAGGCUAACGCUCCGGGCCCCGUACCCGGAGAGCGGCAACUCGCGCACUCAAAGAUGGUACCCAUCCCUGCUGGAGUAUUUACAAUGGGCACAGAUGAUCCUCAGAUAAAGCAGGAUGGGGAAGCACCUGCGAGGAGAGUCACUAUUGAUGCCUUUUACAUGGAUGCCUAUGAAGUCAGUAAUACUGAAUUUGAGAAGUUUGUGAACUCAACUGGCUAUUUGACAGAGGCUGAGAAGUUUGGCGACUCCUUUGUCUUUGAAGGCAUGUUGAGUGAGCAAGUGAAGACCAAUAUUCAACAGGCAGUUGCAGCUGCUCCCUGGUGGUUACCUGUGAAAGGCGCUAACUGGAGACACCCAGAAGGGCCUGACUCUACUAUUCUGCACAGGCUGGAUCAUCCAGUUCUCCAUGUGUCCUGGAAUGAUGCGGUUGCCUACUGCACUUGGGCAGGGAAGCGGCUGCCCACGGAAGCUGAGUGGGAAUACAGCUGUCGAGGAGGCCUGCAUAAUAGACUUUUCCCCUGGGGCAACAAACUGCAGCCCAAAGGCCAGCAUUAUGCCAACAUUUGGCAGGGCGAGUUUCCGGUGACCAACACUGGUGAGGAUGGCUUCCAAGGAACUGCGCCCGUUGAUGCCUUCCCUCCCAAUGGUUAUGGCUUGUACAACAUAGUGGGGAACGCAUGGGAAUGGACUUCAGACUGGUGGGCCGUUCAUCAUUCUGCUGAAGAAACGCUUAACCCAAAAGGUCCCCCUUCUGGGAAAGACCGAGUGAAGAAAGGUGGAUCCUACAUGUGCCAUAGGGCAGAGUCUCGCGCUGUUGUUCAGGCUGGAGUGCAAAUGACACGAUCUUGGCUCACUGCAACCUCCACCUCCCAGGUUUCAAGCAAUUCUCCUACCUCAGCCUUCACUCUCAGUAGCUGGGAUUACAGACGGAGUUUCGCUUUGUUGCCCAGGCUGGAGUGCAGUGGCUCCAUCUCAGCUCACUGCAAACUCCACCUCCUGGGUUCACGCCAUUCGCCUGCCUCAGCUUCCCGAGUAGCUGGGACUACAGGCGCCUGCCACCACGCCCGGCUAAUUUUUUGUAUUUUUAGUAGAGACGGGGUUUCACCGUGUUAGCCAGGAUGGUUUCGAUCUCCUGACCUCGUGAUCUGCCCGCCUCGGCCUCCCAAAGUGCUGGGAUUAUAGGCGUGAGCCACCGCGCCCGGCCAAUUCAGCCAAGUUUUAGGAUUCAAUAAAUUGAAACAACUUUAAAAAUUCAUGAUCUUAUUCACAUUUAUCAUCAGAAACAAAUGCAUUUUUACAUCUAAUAGUUCUUUUUUGAAAUUGAUUACUUAUUUUAUUUCAAAUUGUCUAAUUUUUAAAAAUUUAUGUUUUCUCUUUUUAGCUACUUUUUAAAAUUUUAUAAAUUACAUUUAUUUUUGUCAAGGUAAUGUGUUAACUAUAAUAAUGUGAGUGAGACACUUCUUGAAGUUAGAGAAUUCUGCUAGAACAUUGUUUAUUGAAACCAAAUCUCCAAAAAAUGGUGUAUUUCCUAGGUUUAAUUGUUCUUAUUUCAUAAUUUCCAUUAAAGUGAAUAUAUAAAGUCUGAUACAAUUUUCGAACUUGCACUUCCAGACUUAGAACCUAAGUCUAGACUUAAGACUAAGGCCCAAACAUUUUUCCAUUUUUCAUUAUUUCAAUUCUGAGCUCUUAAGGUAUAUUAUUUAAAUUUUUUGCAGAUUGCCUAUUAGAUUAUGGUAAUAAACAGAAAGCAUGUAAGAAAAAAUAUAGUGAGAACUUGAUUAAUAUUGUGCCUUUUAUGGAAUCAUCCAUAGGUAAUUGAACAAGGUAUCUUAGCAUCAAAUUAAAUAUUUUUUAACAUUUGCUAGAAUUUUGGCUAAACCUCUAGACUUUUUCCUUAGCAUUGUAUUGCCUGUAAAAAUCCAGUAAAGAUUUAUAUGUGAAUAUUAUUUAUUGAAAUCAUUUUCUCAAGAACUUACUAAAUAAUUUUGAUAUAUUAUUUCAGAUAUUAUUCCUCCCAGCUCCACAAAAUCAACAGAAACCAUUAAGUAGUCUUCAAAAGUUUUAAAUUUCACAUGACAGUGUAAUGGGAAACAUUUGAAUCUUUACUGUGAACAACUGAUGUUUUACUGCCUCAAUUUCUGAAAGGUUAUUUUCUUAUUUUGUUAAGUUGCUGGUUCUGAACUUUUUGGUCUCAGGUUCCUUUUAUAUUCUUAACAAUAGUUGAGGACCCCCUGAAAGCUUUGCAUUGUGUUGUUCUAUCUACCAAUAUUUAACAUAUUAGGAAUUAAAACUGAAAACAUAUAAAACUCAGGAACAUAUAGCACACAUUCCAUUAGCUGUGAGAAAGAUGAUGUCAUGUAGCCUCUGGAAAACACACACUUGUGAGAGAAUGACAGUUACAAGGCAAAUGACACUUAAGUAUUAUGAUGAAAAUAAUUUUGACAUUGCAGCCCACCUGUAAUGAUCUCAGGUCUCCCAGGCAUCCCUGGACCACACUUUGAGAACAUUGCAAUAGAUGGUUUUACAAUAACCUAAAACAUAAAUCUAGGUUGCAGUGAUACACCCAUUGCAUUGUUCUUUAAGUUCUGUGUAAAUAUGUCAUGUCUAAAAUGCUUCAUAAUUUUUACCUAUAGUACAUAGUAAUUAUAAGUGUACGUUAGGUGUUAUAUGCUACGACGGUGUUAUGAUGGAUCUUAAUAUUUUACAUUUGCCUUAUUGACACUGAUAAAACAUCUUUGAACUUAUUAUUUUAUAAGCUUUAACUUGCGAAACUUAUUUGUAAUAUUCGUUUAUAUUUUCCUCAUUAAUGAUUGCAUUUUCUCUUGGAAUCAUGGGCUUUAACAGAACAUGACUGCUGGUGUGAUGAAAAUGAAAUUUAAACAAUAAAACCUUCAGCACCA